UCCUUGAUGCUCAACCUGUUGUGAACUUCAAGGAGCUGAAGUCUGUUGCCCGUCUCUGAGCUCCCUCUGUCUGGCUCACAGAGCUCAUCCAUAACAAAAUGUCUGACACAGAAGAAGUCCUGGAGGAGGAAGUUCAGGAGGAAGAAGCGCAAGAUGGAUCAAAGCCCAAGCCUAAGUUUAUGACAAAUAUUACCGCCCCAAAGAUCCCUGAUGGCGACAAAGUGGAUUUUGAUGACAUCCACAGGAAGCGUCAGGAGAAGGAUCUGUCUGAGCUGCAGUCUCUGAUCGAGGCUCACUUCAUCCAGAGGAAGAAGGAGGAAGAGGAGCUCAUCGCCCUUGUUAACAGAAUUGAAAAACGUCGUGCUGAGAGAGCAGAGCAGCAAAGGGUCCGGACAGAGAGAGAGAAGGAGAGGCAGGCCAGACUCGCGGAGGAAAAGGAGCGGAAGGAGCUGGAGGAGCAGCGUAAGAAGUAUGAUGAUGAUGCCAAGAAGAAGAAGGCCCUCUCAAACAUGACCCAGCAGUACAGUGCUGGACAAAAGGGUGAGAGCAGAAAAGGAGGCAAGAAACAAACUGAGAGGGAGAAGAAGAAGAAGAUCCUGGCUGACCGCAGGAAGCCUCUCAAUGUUGAUCACCUGAAUGAGGAUAAACUGAAGGAGAAGGCCAGCGAGCUGUGGCAGUGGCUGAUGGGACUGGAGGCUGAGAAGUUUGAUUUGAGUGAGAAACUGAAAAGACAGAAGUAUGAUAUUAACCAGCUUCUGGCCCGAGUCCAGGACCACCAGAGCGCCAAAGGUCGCGGCAAGGGCAAGAUGGGUGGCCGGCUGAGGUAAAGGAGCAGCCAGACGGGGACGAGGCAGACCGCCACACCAGUGAUUGGCCUAUGUGUCUAUUGUGUGUGCAUUCAUUCUUCUGUUGUGUUGGGUUACAUGUCAAUUAUCAUGACAUCAAAACAAUAAAUAGGUCAUUACAUCCAC